AUGAGUGAGUCUUCGGGCAAUGCAGACGUCGCCUACUGUGGUGACUCGCUGAUGGUUGUAUCCAUUGCCAUCGCGGUCGUCCAAAUCAUGGUGGUCAUUGCCCGGUUCUAUGCCCGCUAUUUACAGAGAGUCGCCUACGCAGUCGAUGACUACCUAAUUAUACUCUCUUUGGUUGCUCUCCCUAUCUAUAUGAUAUCCCGUCUACGACAAUUGUCAAUACGACCGUUAACCCGAUUCCAGGGACUCGUUGCAAACCAAAUUCUCGAUUUCCCUUUCACCGUGACCCCCGCGAAGAUUUCGAUCCUUCUUUUUUAUAUCCGCAUCUUCAGCACACCGAAGUUCCGCAUGAUAGCCUAUACGGUUGGUUUUAUUGUCCUUGGCCACGGGAUCGGGGUCUUUUUCGCGGCGAUAUUCCAAUGUUCCCCUGUGCAGUAUGCAUGGGAUAAGACAAUUGAAGGUGGAUCGUGCUUUGACCAACAGGCAUUCUAUCGCUAUGUCUCGCCUCCGAACAUCCUGACAGAUGUCUUGAUCUUGGUCAUGCCCAUGCCAUUUGUUUGGAAGCUUCAUACACGAAUGACACAGAAACUCGCACUGACGGGUGUCUUCCUACUUGGAGGAUUGGGGACUGUCGCAAGCAUUUUGCGCAUGACUAUCUUCUUCCAUGAGAAUGCUCUUACUGACCCGACCUGGGCAUCUGUUGACCUAGGUAUCUGGACCGUACUGGAAGCAGGCAUCAUUAUCAUUUCGGCUUGUCUCCCUUCUAUCUGGCCGUUAAUCGUUCGGAUUCUACCACGACGAUUGGUGAGCAAACACUCCUCCUCCAAGGCCCGAGGUCACCGGUACACCGCUAGCAAUGUCAAGGCGAAAGUAGGUGAUGGCUUCUCCCGGCUUGGGGAGAACGUCACUGGGGAGACGGACAAGUGGCCCCUCGACGCGAGUCCCCUGCACGAGAGCCAACCUGCAUCUAUACACGGCCAAGGGCUAGCGAAGGGUGACAGCAUAUCACUACGGAGUCUGAAUGAGACCCGACAGGAGCCGCGAUAUUCAUGA